AGAGAGUAAUCAUGAACACUAAAGAUUUUGUGGUUCUUCCAUGGGGAAAACCUGGAAAUUCUGUAAAGCUAAAAUAUAAAAAUGCUCAAGAACUGAGAAUGGAGAAAGUCCAGUUAGAGUUGGAGAACCAAGAGAUGGAAAAGAAACUACAAGAAUUCCAAUCAACAAGGAGCAAAGAAAAGGAAGAAAGAGGGUCAAGUGGGUAUCACUGGAAAUCUGGACAAGUGAGCAAAUUGGGUAAUCAUUCAUACAUGAUGUCACAAGAUAAAGGAAAUGUUAUUAAGCUUUCUGCUGGAAAAGUGAAAUUAAAAUUACUGAGGGAACAGCUUCAAGAGCCAGUGAAAGAGCCAUUUAAUUAUAAAAUGGCAAAUUCUUUUGAAAGUGAAAAACCCAAGAUAAAAGGGAAGGUUUGUGGACAGUGUGAGACCAAAGCUGCUCUGCUAGUAUGCCUUGAAUGUGGAGAAGAUUAUUGUUCAGGAUGCUUUGCUAAAAUUCACCAGAAGGGGGCACUAAAGCUCCAUAGAACAACUCUUCUGCAGGCAAAAUCUCAAAUAUUAUCCAAUGUGUUGGAUGUUGCCCAUCAGUUUAUAAAAGAAGUUAAUCCAGAUGAACUCAAAGGGGAGAAUCAUUCUGCAAAAGAGAUGAGUAAAAGUCAGUAUAAACCCAAAUCUCUUCUUCUUCAGGGGAGCAGCUCUGAGGUAGAAGUUUCAACAACAAGAAAAGAAGACUGUGCAAAUCCACGACAUAGGCUUUUGUGUGAAGGGCCAUUGGAUGAAGAAACUUCUGCCCAAUCCUUUCAUGAAGUUUUAAAUCAGUGGAGAACUGGGCGUCGUGAUGACGAGAAAUGGAACGUACAUGCAGCAAAACCAGACUCACUGGAAGAGUGUGAAGUACAAACUAAUAUGAAAAUUUGGACAGAACCACUUACAAUUGAAUUUAAAGAAGACAGUCUAUCCUAUAUGGAAAAAUUAUGGCUUAAAAAACACAGACGAACUCCACAGGAGCAGCUUCAAAACAUGGUGCCAGAGACAUUCAUACCUCCGAGUAAAACCACUAGCAAGGCACAGUGUUCUCAGAGUGAAAAUGAUGAAGAUAGUGAAGUUGAGGAUAUCAAAAUACAACCCCCAGCUCUUUUUCUGCCAGUAGAAGAAUUAAACAUAGAGAGACCUGAACCAUCUCUAAAAAUAGUUGAACUGGAUACUUAUGAAGUGGAACUUGAAGAACCAGGAAAUAUUGUGCCUUAUAAAGUUGAAUUAGCUGAUGCAGACAGCCAACAAAGUCGUGCAUUUCAUCAUUACCAGAAUGCUUUUCUGUAUGAAAAGGACAUCCACCAACACCAUGUUUUCAUCAAGGAGAAAACAAACCUCUUACAUCUUCUGAGCAACAGCUCCUCUCACUGUAAAGAUAAUUCAAAAGCAGGAAGUUCAAGUACAGAUUUUGAUGACAUUGUGGAUCCUGAUGUUUACUCUCCUGCUCAAACAUUAGAGGAAAACAGCUUUUUUGAGAGAAAUUUCAAAGAAGAAAGCAUAGAUAUAGAAACUAAUCAAAAGCAUGACCAUCCCUGUAUCUCACUUGAGAGCAAGGAUUCUUCGCCAAGUACAGAUUUAGAAAAACCCUCUAUUAAGGAGAAAUUAUCUCAAGAGGACAAGGGAUCCUUGGAAUUUAGCAACCUGCAUGAGGAUUCUAAUACUACAGAGUCACCACUGUUGUUACGAGAAAUAGCCCUCAGAAGUAAACCCAUAACUGAACAAUAUCAAGGACUUGAAAGAUUCUUUGUUUUUGAUAAAAAUGAAAGACUCAACUUACUUCCUUCUCAUAGCUUAGAAUGCAGCUACUCCAGUACUAGGAUUACAAGUGCAGGAGACAGAGAAUGGAUCCCAGACCAUAGUAUAAAUGCACAUGUUGAUAAUGCAGUUGCUGUAGGUGUUCUGAAGAGUACCCAGCACCCAUCAUCAAGUGGAGCACAGCAGAAGACAGGCCAGACAUCACAGAGACCUUCAACGGCAAAUUUACCACUUUCCACCUCUGUGAAAAGAAGUUCCAGCUGUCUUUCCUCUUCUCAUCCCCAAUCAAGAAAUGCAGCUGCUCAAUCACUGUCUAGAGCUGCUUCUGAAAUUUCAGAAAUUGAAUAUAUUGAUGAUACUGACCACAACGAGCCUUUCUUAGAUGACACUGCUGAUCAACAAACCUUAGAUAGUUUGGAAGAAGAAUUAAAUGUGCUGAGAAAUCUUGCAGAUCCUUUGGAACAACUUUACCGCCUAACCACAGAAGAGUUACCAGCCUUCCACAACCAUUCGCUGAGUGUAAGUCAGACUACCCUAGAUUUCCUUAAGACCUCAUGUGCAAGGAGCCCCCAUGAAGUUGAGACACAGAGCUCUCCUGAAAAAGAUACUGAAAUUCAGUCUUGGCAGACACUUUCUGAAAGCAGUACAGAUGAAGAGGAAGAAGAUUUUCUUGAGGAACAACAUGUCAUGACAUUCCCAUGAUCACAGGGUACCUAGUGGUCAUUUGUUCAUUACUUUUUCCACUUUGUAUCCAGAGUAAAGCAAACAACUGAAAAAAGUUAUCAAGUGAUUACCUGUCCUAGAGACUUUGAUUAUUGUCUCUGAUACUUCAAGGUUUGCAGACUAAUAAAAGUUAGUGAAAUUACAAGUUUAAGAGCAUUUUCUUUUUUCUUU